CUCUGCAGGGUUGAAAGAAAGAAAGAAAGAAAGAAAGAAAGAACUGAAGCGAGGGAAGUGUUCCCGCCAUGGGAAUAGAGCGCGUGCAGUGUGACUAUGUCUCUCUGGACGAAACCUUCGAAAUUGGAAAAGAGAAGUAUCACGGUCAACAGUACUGCCAUAUUUACUUCGCACGCCUUCAUUUGAUGCGGACUCUCUUGUAUUCACUCGUUCCUCACUGGAAACCUAAUUUUCCCGUGUGCACGGUGUUGGAAUUGGAAGAGGGCAAGGAAUGUGUCAUUGUUGGAACCCUCUACAAACACAUGAAGCUCAAACCUCGCGUACUUGAUGAGUAUUCUAAGCAGAAAUCAGUGGUUCCACUUGUCAAGCCACAUAACUUCAUGCACUCUGAUGAUUACCUAGUUUUGGAAGAUGAAAGUGGGCGGGUUAAGCUCAGCGGAAAUAUCAUUCCGCCUGAAUAUGUAACAGGAAUUGUGGUCGCUGUACUUGGAAAGGAAAGUGGGGCAGGUGACUUUUUGGUUCAGGAUGUACUAGAUGCUGGCUUACCCCCACAGAUAGAAUUCCCCCUUAAAUCAGGGGAAGACAAAUACGUUGUUCUUGUGUCAGGUUUAAGUGUUGGUAGCAGCACCUCUAAUCCUCUUCAGUUUCAGCUUCUCAUUGAUCAUAUUACGGGGCAUUUAGGGGAUGAGAAGGCACAACUUUUUGCAUCAAAAAUUGUUCAAGUUGUCUUUGCUGGGAAUUUAGUUGAGAUACCUCACAGAAUUCUUAAUGGACAGAAUUUGGCUUCAGAAGAUUUUGCAAGAAUGUCUGAGCCAAUAAGGGAGCUAGACAUUCUGUUGAGUCAGAUAGCUGCUGGUUUGCCUUUGGAUAUUAUGCCAGGACCCAGUGACCCUGCGAAUUUCUCAUUGCCACAACAGUCAUUGCAUGAAUGCCUUUUCCCUGGGUCAUCAUCGUAUAAUACUUUCAGAUCCUGUACAAAUCCUCAUUGUUUUGAGCUUGAUAAUGUCAGGUUUCUUGGGACAUCCGGUCAAAAUGUAGAUGAUCUUGACAAAUAUUCAGAUGCAAAAGAUAAACUUGAAUUCAUGGAAAGGACAUUAAGAUGGAGGCAUUUAGCACCCACCGCACCUAAUACUCUUGGGUGCUUUCCUUUUACUGAGAGGGAUCCUUUCUUCAUUGAGAGUUGUCCUCACGUUUACUUUGUUGGAAAUCAAGAUAAAUUUGAAACUCGUAUCAUAAAGGGAUCAGAAGGGCAGUUGGUGAGACUCAUAUGUGUUCCUAAAUUCAGUGAAACUGGAGUUGCUGUUAUGCUUAAUCUAAGGGACAUCGAAUGUCAUGCUCUCAGUUUUACCCUUGAUCUAUAAAAUGGGUUAAGUCUAUGAGGUUAUUCAAAAUUUGUUUAUUAUGGGUGUAUCCUUAGACGUAAAGCGAAGAACUGAAAAUUGAAGCUUGAAGUUGACAGAGGCUACCUGUGUUUUUUAGUCUAAUAUUUAUAGUAUCUGAUGUAUUGACACCCAUGACCAUUUUUCUUUGUAGUUUUGAAUGUAACAUAGUAUUUACACUUGUGUAUUUGUUUGACAAUGGAUAUAUAAAAUUUCAAUUCAGAAAA